UCCACUCUGUUCCUCUCUGUCUCAUGUGUUGUUGUUGUUGUGUGCGAGUGGUGCAAGUUGUCGCAUAAGUUUUAUUUCGUAGUUCCUCUCAUUGUUUACCUUGUAGCGUUGUUACUCUGUUUGGUGUUCGUGGCUGCACUGUAUCGCUUAAUUGUACCAGACGGAUAAUCCUGCCACCACAACAGGCGUCUCGCAUUCGGAAGAAAUCCUUCUUGUUGAGCUUGAACUUCUGCUGAAGACCAUUCAGCUGAGAUGCCGCUAUCCAGCUGGUUGGCACACUCCCCCCUAAUUAGAAGAUUGUGAAGCCGCCCUGCAACAGCCUGGCGCUUCUUACAUCGUCGUAAAGAUGGACUUGAAACGCAUACUGAAAGAUACUAUUGGUAUUCGUGAAAGUCACGUUAAAGUUUGUGUAACAGGACGAGCACUUUGUUUGGCGCACAAAGAAUGGCUUCAGCAAGUAAUCGACACCAAAAGUGUGCCCAAGGAGUACUUGCACAACAACCUCUUGAAUGACACUGAGUGUGAAAUUCUGGUGCAUCAGUCUCCUGCAGCUUUAACACCACCGUACACCUUUGUGUCGGUCCUUCCUAUCAAGAAGAUUGAAAACAGGUAUGUCUCCUUGAAGCUAAAAGAACCAUGGAGUCGCUCACAUGACCUGGGUUACCUGGAGCUUAUCCGCUAUGUGUCGGAAACAAAUUAUAGAAACAUGUGGAAAGAAGCCAACUUCUCAAACUAUGGGUCCCUCGAUAAGCCCAUGAAGUACACUACCAAAGAGAAGUCUGUAAAGGAAUACAACACCACCGUACGAGAAGUUCUGCACAAGCUUUAUGGCUGCCCAAUCAUUAGUGUUUGCGAGGAGCCAACGUGUGAGGGAGGCGGUUCUAACGGGACCGAACAGGGUCAGACUCACCCAAACCUUGUGCCAGCAGCGUUUGUAGUAGAAACAAGUUCAGAAUUUCUGGUAUUCCUGGAAUACCGGGAGCACACGUUAGAAGACUGUGCAAUGUUCAGCUCGGCUGUUCUUGUGGGAUCCCGUCUACUCUUCAUCGUGUACCAGCUUCUGAGGCUGCUGCGGUACAUCCACGAUCUUGGCCUGCCACUCGGUCCUAUGACUCUACGGGACAUUAACCUGGACAGCAGAUAUUGGAUGCAAGCUGUACCACCCUGGUGGAUUGCUUUAGAAAAAGAAUCCAAAGGUGAAAUGCACCUUGACUCUACUGCCUCAUCCUCUCGAAAAUCAUCUCCUCAGAAAGAUCUUAUGAACGAUAGUUCUGACAAUACUGAACUGCAACUUAAUCGGUUAGUGGACGACUGGGUUAAGGGUGGACUUGGCAACUUUGAUUACCUGAUGGCCCUGAACAAGCUCUGUGGGAGGGAAUUCGGAAACCCCCGACACCACCCGGUGCUUCCGUGGGUACGAGACCUGUCACACCCUGAUGGUGGCUGGCGUGAUUUGACACGGUCAAAGUUCAGGUUGACACGCGGAGACCAGCAGUUGGAUGUCACUUACGAAUCUGCUGGCGUUUUUCACACGUCAUCGACGACUACUGCUGUCGACCGUGCCGUGCAGGUACCUCACCAUGUGUCCGAAACGCUGCCAGAUAUCACAUAUUAUGUGUACAUGGCAAGGAGGCUCCCACGUAGCAUUUUGUGCCAGCAUGUCCGACAGAAAUGGGUGCCAGCUGAAUACCCUGUUUCGAUACAACGGCUGCAGGAAUGGACUCCAAACGAGUGCAUUCCAGAGUUCUUCACUGACUCCAGCAUAUUUAAAUCAAUCCACGAAGACUUGCCAGACCUAGAAGUGCCUUCAUGGUGCAGUGGGCCGGAAGAUUUCAUUGAAAAGCACAUGGCUGCUUUGGAAUGCGACAGGGUGUCAGAGCAUCUUCACCAUUGGAUAGACAUCACGUUUGGAUACAAGCUUACAGGAGCAGCAGCCGUGAAGAACAAGAAUGUGUGCUUGCCAUUGGUGGAUGAACAUACUUCGCUGCAUAACUGUGGUGUCGUUCAGCUCUUCACAGCGCCUCAUCCCCACAGGGCCGGUCCCAGCAUCUACUUUUCUCGUUUCUCUGCACCAAAGACGUUUCGUCUUCAGCAGCCGCGUUCAGGUUCACCCGUGGUCAAGCAUUCUGCUUCCACUUCUGCAAGGAGAAAGAGCAGAACUGAUGGUAGUUCAGAGAAGGAUGUUCAGAAUUCAGAUGCUAAGGAUGGCGGUGAAGAUGAGUCGACUGAUUCAAGCCAGAAAUACAAGAAAGUGGCCAGCAUUGUGAAAUCAUGGUCGGUUGGCCAGCAGCUGUCCGGCAACCCAGGCACAGGAAGUCUUACGCUUCCUGAACAACAGACAAUUGUGCUUCCCAAGGACUACAACCCCCUAGUGAAGCUACAACAGCUUGAAAGCCUGUGCUCUUUCUCAUUGACCCAUGCACCCUACGCUGUGCCUUCAUUAGCACUUUCUGCAGAUAAACUGAACAGUCGAAGCCCGUCCCAAACCGGACACAAUGCUCGUACCGCAGAUAUGUUUGUUUUGGGCUGCCUGCUCGUAGAGAUGUCUGCCUUUUCGAGUACAGCACCAUAUGCGUCCAGGGACUUGAACUGUCGAUACGCUCAUGCCGUCCACUUCUUGAAGCUUUAUUCAAACAAGCUUCCAAAGUGCCUUCAAGCUGCUGUGCAGUUGCUCCUUCAGACUGGGAGACCUCGUCCCACCCUUCCUGAUGGGAGCUUUGAAUGGCGCUAUCCAUGUGUGUGUGACUCUGGGCUUCCACCUCCAUCUGCUCACCAGCUACUGCAACCUUUGCUUCCUAUCUUGCCAUUUCCUGGCCUCUACCCUUCGUUGUACGAAUUCCUAGCCAGAAUGGAUGCCCUACAGGUACCUACGGAAAAGGUGAAACACGCAUCUCAAGAAUUGCCCCACCUCCUGGCAGCGAUUCGGGGUUCAGACCUUGAAUUAAUGAUGGGCCACCUAAAUGACCUGUUUUCUCAUGAGGAAGUUUCACUGCUCGCCGUAUGGCAGCUGUUUGAGAUGGUGGGUCAAGCACUUGGUCCAAAGGCCACCUCUGAACAUUUGCUUGGUGUGCUGGUGGCUCUCUUGGGCUGCGAACAGCCGACCACAAAACACCUACGCCUCUUUCACAGGUCUUUCCUCCUUCAACUUCAGGUACGUCUGGGGAUGAAAACCUUCCUUCAGCAUUUUGCAACUCUCUUAGUGGAGGCAGUUGGUUCUUACGGAGAUGCUUCUUUUCAGCACAUUAGUGUGCCAGGCUCUGACACGGUGCCACGUAAGAGUUCCCACUUAAGUGCUCCGGAGUUGGACAACCUCGGUGAAGCUGAUACAACACUGCAAAAUGAGCCACUACAAGAGUUCACUGAAGAUGCACACAUGCCUGAUGACAAUAAGCUGCCAACAUCCCAGGCUUGUGAACAAUUGCCCGAACCAGAAAUAUUUGUGCUGGAAACGGGCGUCGAGGAAAGUUCCUCUUCCGAGGACAAGGUUAGAGAAGACGAAGUAUCCUCAUCCUAUCCUGAGGCCCACUUUUCAGUGUGGUCAUCGUCUCCAAAGCAUGAGCCGAGGAAAGAGACACCAAAAGACUCUGAUGAAGAAGUGCAGGAAGCAAACGAAUCCAGCUCCAGCUGUGCAUCCUAUCCUCCACCGAGCAACAUUGAGGAGGUAAGGCAGGCUGAGAGACCACCAGUAGAGUCAAGUGGCUCCAGCAGUUCCAGUAACUGUAGCCUGAGUGACGUAGCAGCAGAAAGUGUGCUGUGGCUUGCACAUCGUCUUGGACCCGUGCUAACGGCGCGGCACUUGACCCGCAAUUUGCUUCGCAUGCUUACGCUGUGCUACAUGGGACCACAGCAGCUGCUUGAAGCUAAUGGGCCACACCCACCCAACUGUGUGAACCUUUUCGACCAUUGGGUCGUCGGCGACUACACUGCUAGCAAAGUGCUUGACACACUGUCAAAUGUCGCAAUGCUAUAUGGUGAAAACUUCAUCACUUUCCAGUAUCUCCCUCAUUUGGCUGACUUGCUGCGUUUGUGUAAGAAACACAUGACAGAAACACUAGAAGCUGGGCUGCUAGGAGCUGUGUCACUGGUGAAGCAUAUACUUCCUUACUUGUCUGAUACCACACUUAUGAAUCAACUGCAGGAAUUGGUGCUGAAGAAUGUUGUGUACCCACUGGUUCAACUCUCUUCUUCCCUGCACUUGUGCUUCCCAAGUGGAGUGCGCGGCCGUCUGCUUCUGACCUACCGCAUUGCAGAUGUUCUCUAUCUAGUUGGGCUGCGGAUUGGUUUCGAGAUGUCUCGUAGGCACCUGUCUGCUGUGCUGCGACGCUUCUUUUCUUCCUUUGAUCGAGCACAUAAUGCAGGAUCUGUUGCUGAUGUACAGCACUUAACUCCAUUAGAAGGGCCUGUUGAUCCAGGGGAAUGCUUGCAGCAAUCAAUAGACGACUACCUCUGCAUCAGCAAGGAUGCUGCAAGCCAGGAGUACAGAGUAGGAACUCCCAUAAAAAUUCACUCGAUAUUUCCUCCGAAACCCGGGCCACCUUUAUAUGAGCCGACACCUCCUCUUGAUCCCGCAGGGUCUGCUGCAACAUUGGUGAAGGCUCUUGAAGAAAUUAAAGAAGUGUUUACUGCAGAGCUGGCCUUCAUGACAUACGUACCUCUCUGCAAGCUAGCUGGAGGAAUCUACAUGGAGCAGACGCUGGAGAAUUAUGACCUUAUAAUGCGCCUCUGUGAGACCUAUGACUGUCAGAUCGUGUCUGAGGACAAUGAGGCAGAAGGGGAUGGGGGUUCUGGUAAGACUGGUUUCAAGAAGACCCAUUACAGACUCCCAUCCGCAGGCCAGGACGAGACCAUUGUUAGCGGCGAAUUUGGGAAGAACGUUGAAAUGGUUGGGAACCGUAUUGAUGUUCGGCUAGGUGAAGACAGCCGUUUGGUGGUAGCGGGAGAAGUGACGAAUUCAGCGCCAAAGUAUGAUAUUGAUGUUGUGAUGAGGAAGAUGACAAAUGACCAUCGCCAUCUGAAAGGAAACUGGUUAGCUUACUGGGAACACGAAAUUGGACGCAGUGACAAAGACACUCACUUCAAUUUUAAACAGAUUAAGCUCCAGUCCUUUGCUGGACACAGUGGCAGUGUGCGUGCCAUUGAAGUGCUAGACAAUGAGAACUCCUUCUUGUCAGGCAGUAAGGAUCGCACUGUGAAGUUGUGGUCAUUGCGUAGUUCUGGAGACGGCUCAUCCGUGGUAGCACCUCAGUGGACCUACGGGAACCACAGGAAAACUGUCCUCUCUGUCAAUUUCCUAUCUUCUCUGCGUGUGGUUGGAUCUUGCGACUCCUCUGUGCAUAUUUGGGAUCCAUUCCUCGGUUCCUGCCUCAAGCAGCUGGAUACGAGCAAGACUCAUCCAGUGACGGCACUCAUCGCUAUGCCCGCCCCCAGCACCACUUUUCUUGCGGCUACUGCAAACUCUACAGUCAGAUUCCUGGAUGCCAGAACUUGGCGCUACACUCAUGAAUUCAAAGUAUCAACGGGGUCAGCGGGUAUGGUUCGAAGCAUUGCAGUUGGGCCAAGUGGAAACUGGCUCGUCGUCGGUCAUUCAUCGGGUAUCAUAUCGGUGCUUGAUGUCAGGACGGGCUUCAUGCUUGGUUCAUGGGUAGCACAUGAUGGCGAAGUACUCCAGACGAAGGCCUUCAGUGACAAGUACUUUGUGUCUUCCUCAUUGGAUAAUUCUGUUGCUGUUUGGGCAGCAGAAGAUGCGAAGCCUCAUAGUCAUUUAAAAGGAGCGACUGAGCCAGUAACAUGCCUCAACCUAAGCCAGGGAGAAGUCAUUUCAGGCACGACAGCAAAUAAAAUAAACAUUCAUUCCUCCAUAGAUCAGAGGGCAAGUUUCACCACUACCAAGCUGAGGUCUGAUACAUUCCGAGGUAUUCUUUCAUCUAUGGCUGUUUUACCGUUGAACAGGCUUCUACUCUUGGGGUCUGACAAUGGAAGUAUUACUUUGCAUUGCUAGUUCACCAAUCGAGGGAGCUCUCUUGAAUAUGUUCCUGCCCCCACUUCGACAUUCAGCUGUGACAUGAGUCAUGGGAGCAAACAGUGUACAUAUUGGCUAAAAUGAGCCACACACUGUUCAGCUUUGUAUCCCAUGCCAAAAAGAAAACUGAAAUACUCGUGCUAGCAUGUUUGCUGAGGCACUCUUGAAAUAUACCUUGCAAAUGUUUCUCUGUUUAUGCUCUGAACUAUGCCCUUUCUUGCACAUGUCACUCAAAUUCACCUUGUGCUGUUGCUGUUGCAUCAUUCACAAUGCUGAGUCCAAAAAGUAAAAUGUCGAACUUUGCUAGUCCGUGCUCUGCCCUGCAUCCACUCCAGUGGAAUGCAUGUUACCUUGUGUGACCUUGUCCACUUUUGCUUGUGUUUCUAAUGUAAUUGAGGGCAUGAUCACUGUUUUUUUUUUUUUACAUGAUGACUAGGUACGCAGAGGGAAUUUAUUGUAUCCCAAGUGUCGAGAACUGUGAUAUUUUUGUUCUUUUUAUAUGCAAAAUGGAAAUGUACUUACAGAAAUGCUGAUGUAAUCUCGUAAUAUUGUGUAUUUGAAAAGUAUUAGAAUGCAAGCAUUAUUUUAGUACAUCUUG